UUGUUGUCAUUACAUUUUCGUGAGAAAGCAAAAUAUUGAUGAUGAAAAGAGCAGCAACGGUGGUGUUUAUUAUUAUGGUGGAGGUGGCAACCAGCAUGCCAGUAACAAUGGCAAAUGGAUGGUACACAUAUGCUCCCAGUCCUAGCAUUGGAAGGACCCCUCCAUCAAACACUACUGCACCAAAAUGCCCACUUGACGCUUUGAAGCUGGGAGCCUGUGUGGAUUUGCUCAAUGGACUUGCUCAUGUUGUUGUAGGAGAUCCUGUUGCAAACAAGUGUUGCCCUGUGAUUCAAGGAGUUUUGGAAUUAGAGGCAGCACUAUGUUUGUGUACAACAAUUAGGGUUAAGCUUCUCAACCUGAGUGUAGUUCUUCCAAUAGCACUGAGCCUUGUUACUUCCUGUGGAAUGAGUGUUCCUCCUGGAUUCCAAUGCCCUAAUCAGUGAGCUACUGGUUUGAUUUGGUAUGCCAUGGUGGUUGUUGGGUGUUUCCCAUUGUUGCAUUUCAUAUAGUCUGGUUUUAUAUUAUGUGUUAGUGAGAAUAAAGCGGUUAUCCGUUAGUUUUGA